UAUCUCUGUUUUCCCAUUUCCAAAUCCAAACGAAGCCCUCUCCGUUUCUUCUCUUCUUCUUCUUCUCCUCCUCCUCCUCCGUUCCUUUGCUCCGAUAAUCGGAAAAUGGAAGGAAGUGACUCACUCACAAUCACCACCGUUUCUUCAACUCCACUAUCCCAAUCUCCUUCUUCUUCUUCUUCUCCGGCACCACCGCCGCCCGUUAUUCUCAGUCCAUGUGCGGCCUGUAAGAUUUUGCGACGCCGAUGUGCCGAGCGAUGUGUAUUGGCUCCCUAUUUCCCUCCCACUGAACCGGCGAAGUUCGCCAUCGCUCAUCGAGUUUUUGGCGCCAGUAAUAUCAUCAAAUUCCUGCAGGAACUGCCUGAAUCUCAAAGGGCAGAUGCAGUGAGCAGCUUGGUUUAUGAAGCAAGUGCAAGGAUUAGAGACCCUGUUUAUGGGUCAGCAGGGGCCAUUUGCCAACUCCAAAAGCAAGUCAAUGAGCUUCAAGCCCAACUAGCCAAAGCUCAGGCAGAGGUUGUCAACAUGCAAUGCCAACAAGCCAAUCUUGUGGCCUUUGUUUGCAGGGAAUUGGCUCAAUCUCAUCAAUCUUUUGAUGAAUUCAAUGGCAGCCCACAUAAUGGAUUAUUACAGAGCAUUAAUCCUCCAAGUUACUUUGAUGAUAGCAAUAAUGUAAACUCGUUGUGGGAACCCCUUUGGACAUGAAUUUUAUUUAGUUUUUUAGGUUUGUGGAUGUAUGGUGUUCGAUAAAAUGCUCCAACGAAGUUUCUCCAAACUCUCUUGAGAGCCAAAUUUGAGGUUGUGGGAAGGAGAAACUUUGUGGAAAAAAUACAACAGAAAUUUUAGGCUC